AUGAGCCAGAAACAGCUCAGUAUCGAGGAAUGCGACCGUAUCCUGACCCAGCCAGGGUCACCUAUGGAGACUGAAGCAAAAGUGAUAUUCGGCAGGCGUAUCAAAGUAUGGAAGAACCAACCCCCACACUUCCGAGCAUACAUCCUGUACAAUUAUGGAAGAUUCAAGGAUCGCACCUUCAUCUCUGCUCCUCUUCCUAGACGAGAGCCUUUCCCGCCUCUGGCCUCUGACGAUGAGACGGGGGUGAAGGCCAGAGAGUACUUGACGUAUGGCGAGACGCUUGACCGAGCUGCAAAGCUUGCGGCGUGGAUGAGGAACAGGGGAAUCAAGCUGGGAGACAAGGUCGUUGUUGGGGGCAAAAACUGCUCAGGGUGGAUCGUCUCCUUCACGGCGAUCCACCUUAUUGGAGCAGUACCUGUGUGCCUCAAUGCUUGGUUACCCCGUGAACAGCUUGUCUAUCUGAUCAAGCUGGUCGACUCGAAACUGCUACUACUGGACGAGGACCGGGCUGAACUUUUGAGCCCGUAUGCGCAUAUCCGGGAGACUGGUCUACCUCCGAUGUACUGCUGGAGCGAGUCGGGCCACCUUCCAUCUAUCGUGGAAAUUUACAACGCACCAAACUCGCGAGGUGUACGAGAAGUAAUGGAUGGGGUAGGGUUAGAGGAGCUCGGACCGGAGAGUGACGGCAUGAUCUUCUUCUCUUCAGGAACGAGUGGCGCUCCCAAAGCGGUCCUCAGCACCCAAAGAGCAGCACUCUCCAGUUCCCUCUCUGGCUCCAUGGCCACGGCUCGUAACUUUUUACGACAAGGAAAACGCCCUCCCACCCCUGCAGAGAUCGCAGCUAUGCCUCCGAGAGUCACGCUCCUGUCCGUUCCUCUCUUCCACGUGACUGGCUGUCUCUCGUGGUUGUUGCGUGCGAUUUCGAACGGGAGUAAGAUUGUGACGUGUAACAAGUGGGACCUGAAAGAGGCUGUGCAGUUGAUCAAGAGUGAGGGAGUCAAUACUGUCGGAGGUGUCCCCGCUAUCGCGAGCCAGAUCAUCCAGUCCAAGGAACUUCCCCAAGACAAUACCCUCGAUAGCGUUUUCUAUGGCGGCGCGCCGUGCCCCAAGGGUAUGGCCGAAGAGGUCAACAAACGCUUCCCUACUGCUACCAUCAUUCAAGGCUAUGGACUGACAGAGACGAAUGCGGUCGCAGUGGCAGUUGCCGGGCAAGACUACUUUGAUCGACCUGAAAGUACAGGCUUGCCCCUACCCACGACUGAACUCCGCAUCGCGGACCCUGAAACCCUCGAGGAGCUGCCCGUCGGACAAGUUGGUGUGAUUCUCUUGAAAGGCGUCAACGUCAUGAAGUGUUAUUACAAUAACGAACAGGCAACGAGGGAGGCGAUCGACGAUGAGGGCUGGUUCAACUCUGGAGACGUGGGAUGCGUUGACGAGGAGGGCUUCCUGUAUAUCAAAGACCGAAUCAAAGACCUCAUUAUUCGAGGAGGCGAGAAUAUCGCGUCGCAGGACGUCGAAAACGCCCUGACAUCCCACCCCCACGUCGGCGAGGUCGCAGCGGUUCCCCUCCCACACCCCAUCCUUGGCGAAAUCGUCGGUGCCGCUCUCACUCUUCGCGCGACUGCUUCAGAGACGGGUAAGGAUGGAAAAGUGAAGGUGACUGAGGAGGACAUCAUCAAGCAUGUGCAGGGCAAAUUGCCCAGGCAUGCUGUGCCGGUGAUGAUCAUGAUCUGGAAAGAGGAUGAUCUACCGAGGAAUAUCAAUGGUAAGAUCAUAAAGAGGGAGAUCAAAGAGAUAGCUAGAGUUGAAUGGGAGAAGAGACAAGGCGUACAGAGGCCCGAGGUCAGGGCUAUGCUGUAA